CCGCAUGAGCUGGUUAAAGGGGAAACAGUCGAGUAAAUGAUAGAAAUGAGUGAUUAUUCACCGUCUCAUUGUCUGAAACACGACGAUAAAUACUUCUCCCCCAUCACCGUGUGAGGAUCUGUUUCAACGCAAGAAGACACGACACGACCUUUUUAUCCGAGCGGCGAUAUCAAACGACGAUUCAAUAAGGGGGGGGGCUGCUCACACAAUAAUCAUUUGAUUGGAGUCGCCGUGCAUGCGUGCGGUAGGCGGGACCAGGACACUCUGCAUCCCACUUUUGAAAAGAUUACUGUGAUUUUUUGUUGUUGUUGUGGGAAACACAUGAUCUUACCGCUGUGUGGAGGGAAGGAGGACGGACAAAGAGAGAGAGAGAGAGAGAGAGAAGCAGGACGAAGAGACACGGGGUCGUGACAGAGACCAGCACCGAGCGGAGACAGGAUCUGUGUGGAGAUAUUUGGAGUUGGAGCGGGAUUCUCUCUGGUCCCUGCCUUAAAAAUAAGAACUUAUCUCUCCCAGAACUUCAAACAUUGACAUCAGACGUCUACACAUUUCAAAAGGCUGAUUAUCACUGGAGCAGAUAUGAGUGAAGAUAACCCAGCUGAGACUGUGGAAACUGCUCCUGCAGAGUCAAACGCUAUUCCCAAUGGAAAAGGCCACGAACCUGGGGAGGAGAUCACAGCAUCCGCAAAGACACCCCCUGCAGCAGAUGCUGAAAAGGAAACUGUACCAAAUAGUGCCCAAAAUGCUAGUCCACACAGAACUGACAACACAGAAGCCAACCUCCCAGAGAGCCAGGAGUUCCUCUCAGGUGUUGACAACAAGAAGACCCCACAAUUUACAGAUUUUGAAGGGAAAACCUCGUUUGGGAUGUCCGUCUUCAACCUGGGCAAUGCAAUCAUGGGAAGUGGAAUCCUAGGACUGGCCUACGCCAUGGCCAACACGGGGGUCGUCCUGUUUCUGGUACUUCUAACAGUGGUGGCGGUCCUCUCCUCAUAUUCCAUCCAUUUACUGCUUAAGUUAUCUGGCAUUGUAGGUAUUCGUGCAUAUGAGCAGCUGGGCCAAAGGGCCUUUGGGACUGCAGGGAAGAUGGCCGCGGGUAUAGCCAUCACGCUGCAGAACAUUGGAGCCAUGUCCAGUUACCUGUACAUAGUCAAGUAUGAGUUUCCCUUGGUCAUCCAGGCCUUUCUGAGGGUCGACAAACCUGCAGGUGAAUGGUAUCUGAAUGGGAACUACCUUGUGAUCAUAGUAUCUAUUGCAGUUAUACUACCACUGGCUCUCAUGAAACAGCUAGGAUACCUGGGAUACACCAGUGGCUUCUCCCUGAGCUGCAUGGUUUUCUUCCUCAUUUCGGUCAUCUACAAGAAGUUCAAUACCCCUUGUCCAUUUAUGGACUUUACGUUUAAUAGCACUGCCAGUGUGCUGAAUAUCAGUGCUACGGAUCCUGGAGGGGAGAUUGAUCCUGCCUGUAUUCCCAAAAUGGCCAACCUCAACUCACAAACGGCCUACACCAUCCCCAUCCUGGCGUUCGCCUUUGUGUGCCACCCUGAGGUCCUGCCCAUCUACACGGAGCUCCGCAAUCCCACCAAGAAAAAGAUGCAGCAUGUGGCCAACAUCUCCAUUGCAGUCAUGUACAGCAUGUACUUCUUGGCUGCCCUUUUUGGAUACCUAACUUUCUAUGGUGAAGUGGAAGCAGAGCUGCUUCACACUUACAGCCGCAUUGACCCGUAUGAUACUUUGAUUCUGUGUGUGCGUGUGGCUGUGCUCACUGCUGUCACACUCACUGUUCCCAUUGUGCUUUUCCCUGUACGGAGGGCGAUCCAGCAGAUGGUGUUUCCCAACAAGACUUUCAACUGGCCCCGUCACAUCGCUAUCGCCAUCGUUCUGCUCACAUUCAUCAACCUGCUGGUCAUCUUUGCCCCUGACAUCCUGGGCAUCUUUGGGAUCAUUGGUGCCACAUCUGCCCCUUGUCUCAUCUUCAUCUUCCCUGCAGUCUUCUAUCUGCGUAUUGUACCCGAAGAAGAGGAGCCGCUGCGCUCAUUCCCCAAAAUCAUGGCUGCCUGUUUUGCUGCGAUUGGCUUCCUGUUUAUGAUAAUGAGUCUCAGCUUCAUCAUAAUUGACUGGACAUCGGGCUCCAGCAAAGCCAGCAGUGGUCACUAGGCACCACCUUCCAUUCCUUUCUGGGGUUUUAUAUUGUAGUUUCAGAUCUGUGUUGUUAUGUUACAGUUUUUAUUAUUAUAUAAUGUUUUAUGUUGGAGAUGUCCAUUCCAUAUCCAUGGGUAAGUGUUGGCCACAGAGAAGUGUAGAAUUUAGGAUGGCUCUCUAUUUCUCUGCAAAAGCAUCCUGCCAAACAGUGACUGCAGAUCAGGGCCAGUGGACAUAACUGAUUAAUUUACAAAAGAGGCCAGGCGCAUUAAGAGACGAGCUGAUAUUUGGAGCCUGUGCCUUGUGAAAUGGAUGUAAAAAAAAAACAAAAACAGAAAAGCAACAAUUUCAAAAGCUGCUGCCUUUAAACUCCUGUCCCUUAGUGGCUGUGAGCCUCUAUGCUGGUUAUUAAGACCUGCAAACUGCUUCUCAAACUAUAAUGCACAUCUGAGGCUCCUCACUUUGAAAUGCUCAAUGAUAGAAAUGUAUUGAAUCAUAGAUAAUACUUUUAUGGUUAUAUUUCUUCUUAUUAUUAUUAUUCUAAGUUAUUUGAAUAACUACAUCGUUUCCAUUCUGUGCAUCUGCAGAGGAAUGUGAAGGCUCAAGUUAUAGCACAGGAGGAAAGAAAAGCUAAAGGAGUAGUUUGACAUGUUUGGGGACAGGUGAGGAGAUUGAUACCACUCCAGUGUCUGUACAGUCAGUGUAAGGCUACAGCUUGGAGCUGGUGAGCUUAUCUUAGCUUAAAGGCAGGGAAAUGUUGAACUGUUCCUUUAAGGUAUGCAGCCUUUAACUGCUAUUCCACUGAAUUGUGUUGCUGCUGGGAGGAGUCACAUCCUCAGACAGUAUGUGGUUUAGUGUUGUGAGCACAUUAGAGUAACAUUCCCACAUAUGACCUUGAUGUAUAUUUUAUUAUUAUUCAAUAUGAAAACCUCAGAAGAUGCAGUAUGGACUGAAUAAGAAAUCCUCACAAAGGUCUUUCUGAGGCGAUGAAUAUGAGAUGGAUGUCCAGAUAAAUACAUAACAGCUUAUAUUAUUCCGUGUUUUUUAUUCAGUAUUACUGUGCAAAGGAUGGUGAUAAAUGGUACUCAAGACCUCAUUAGUUAGACUGGACUGAUCAAAGUGAUAAUUGUAAUGACAAAGAUACCGCUUGGUGUUCAUCAUGGUCAUUGGUGAGGAUUUUCGCCUGAAAGAUUUAAUGUGUUGUUUCUGAACAUUAACUGUAAGUAAUCAGAGAUAACCAAAACAUGUUUUUUUUUU